UUCAUCAUCCCCAGGAUCCCAACCCCGAAAAGGAAAGCAGAUCGCCGGAGAAGGGACGAGAGAGAGAGAGAGAGAGAGAGAGAGAGAGAGAUCGAAGGGAUGGAUCUACUGAAAAAAGAGUUGCAGAAGAAGAGACAGAGCUUAGCACAAGACGUGGGAGGCAAGAAGGUCUUCAAACGUUCAGAGAUCGAGCAGAAGAGGAUCCAGAGGAUUCGCGAGGAAGAGAAGCGGGAGUUGGAAGCCAAAUCUGUCCGCGAGAAACAACAUAACCCCACCACUGACACCACCUCCGCCACCUCCGACGCCUCAAACCCUAAUUCCAAAUCGGAUCCACCAUCCUCCUCCAAAACCCUAGAAAAACUCACAGAUGAGCAGAAGAUCGACGAACUCGUUCUCCCCAAGCAAGAAGUCAUCCGCCGCCUUCGUUUCCUCAAGCAACCCAUCACCCUCUUCGGGGAAGACGAUGAGGCUCGGCUCGAUCGCCUGAAGCUGACGCUCAAGGCCGGUAUUUUCGAGGUUGACAGUGAUAUGACCGAAGGACAGACAAACGACUUCUUGAGGGACAUCGCAGAGCUUAGGAAGCGACAGAAAACAGGGCUUAUGAGUGACCGGAAACGGAAGAAUAAGGAGGAUGGCAUGGAAGAUGGGGAUGGCGGGGGAGGUGGUGAUGGUGACAUGAGUGGAGACGGAUGUUCUUCUGGUGUUGAUGCCGAUAAGGAUUUGAAGCGGAUGAAAUCGAAUAUCGAGGAUUUAUGUGACGAGGAUAAGAUCCUUGUUUUCUUUAAGAGGCUUUUGAAUGAGUGGAAACAGGAGCUUGAUGACAUGUCCGAGACGGAGAAGAGGACUGCCAAAGGGAAAGCCAUGGUAGCUACAUUCAAGCAGUGUGCCCGCUAUCUCCAUCCCCUCUUCAAGUUUUGUCGGAAGAAGGUUCUUCCAGAUGAUAUCCGUCAAGCACUGUUGGUGGUGGUUGAAUGCUGUAUGAAGCGAGACUACUUAGCUGCAAUGGACCAGUAUAUCAAAUUGGCUAUUGGAAAUGCACCUUGGCCUAUUGGUGUCACUAUGGUUGGUAUCCAUGAGCGUUCAGCCCGUGAGAAGAUUUACACGAAUAGUGUGGCCCACAUCAUGAACGAUGAGACAACACGUAAGUACCUCCAGUCCAUAAAGAGAUUGAUGACUUUUUCUCAGCGAAGGUACCCGACUAUGCCAUCUAAGGCAGUUGAGUUCAAUAGCUUGGCAAACGGAAGUGAUUUGCAGUCACUACUAUCAGAAGAAAAUGCACUUAUGAGCAGUCAGGCCUCUGAGGAGAGAUUGCGGCUGAUGCCUGCAUAAGAGCAGAGCUUAGUUAUAGAACAAGAUUUAAUUACUAUGUACAUUAUCAGUUAUCAUGAUGUUACAAUACGGUUUACUAGUCUUGUUUGUCUCGAACGAUAUUCUAUAUGUUCACUUCUGGUGCAUUAGAAAGGAAUUAAUUCUGUUUAUGUAA